AUGAAGGACGGGUUCGUGAGAACUGGCCACUAUUUCCAGCUAGCUGCAACGCGCGUCAAUAUGAACGGCAUGCUCACAGAGCUCAUGCAGUUCCUGGCCCCUCCCUGCAUUCCCAUCGAUAAGAAAACUGCGGCAAUACUUAAUUGCCUCCGAUAUAAGCGCUUACAUCCUCUCAUUUCACCCUCCAUCCUCGUGUUCCCACAUCGUCAACGCCGAACUUGGUCGUCCCAGAAUACUACAACCUGCCGUCGAAGGAUACCCUUGUGGUACCGAAGAGACCAGCGAAGAAAAUCGAUUUGGCUUCCGCCUAACACGCUAAAAAUACCACGAUCCCGGCCACUGCCUCAUGCCGCAUUCCGGCUGUUGACCAAGCAGCCACCUUUCUUCCGCUCCACACCCACCCUUUUCUCUCCCUUCGUCAACUCAGUGGAGGGAAUCCCGUAUUCCUCUCAAAAGUUGCCCAGAAUCAACAUGCUUCUCCUUCACGUUCUCCGGAUACUCUUAUUAUAUGUCUCUUUCGGCCUUGCCCAAGACGAUGGGUCUAUUAGCGGGCCUACAUCCAGCUCAGCAGCCGCGGGUUACUCGUGCGAUGCUUCAAAAUGCAAGCUCCCAAAUUGCAAUUGUGCAAGCCCAAACCCGCCUGGUGGAAUAAGCCCUGCCGACACACCAAUGUUCGUCAUAUUCACCGCCGACGACGCUGUUCAAUCAUACACUCUCGACGCGGUCAACCAAUUCCUUGCCCAUCGCAAAAACCCAAACGGCUGUGCUCCCAAAAUGACCUACUACGUGUCGCUCAACUUCACAAACUACACGCUAGUCACUGACUGGUUUGUAGCAGGCAAUGAAAUUGCUGACCACACAAUGACACAUGUCGGAGACCCGCCCGAGAAUGAGGUCGACGGUAAUCUCAUAGCGCUCAAUGCCCUCGCUGGGAUUCCGCUCAAGAACAUCGUCGGAUUCCGGGCUCCGUUUCUAAAUUACUCGGUCAACACACUCAAACUGCUCGCCAAAGCUGGCUUCACAUAUGAUUCGUCCUCUGCCGCCUCGAUCCCGGUAACGGAUCCCGGAACCGACGCGUUCUGGCCUUAUACUCUCGACAACGGCAUGGCCAAUGAUUGUCUUGAAGUCCAAGGGUCUUGCAAAGGACAACCCGUGUUACCUGGCUUUUGGGAGUUCCCCAUGUAUGCUCUUUUUGACGAGCGUGGUCCCAACGGUGUCCACCUUAUGGAUCCUUGGUUAGACACCGCAAACGGCCAGUCCAAAGUCAACGAUAGCGCAACCCUUGAGUACAUGAAGGCAACUUUUACAGCACAUUACAACGGAAACCGCCAGCCAUUUGGACUAUAUACGCAUCCCAUCCACCUCGCCACCUCCUAUCCUGGAGUCCCGGCUCCCAACUCGACCAUUAACAUGAUCAACUCGUUCCUUGACUGGGCCCAGGAACAACAAAAUGUAUGGAUUGUUUCGAACGAGCAGCUUCUUGCCUGGAUGCAACAUCCUGUGCCCAUAUCGCAAUUGGACUCAUUCGAGGCGCUCAAAUGCUCCACUCCAGAUGUGAGUCAGAAGAUUUGCAACGGCAUGCCCUCGAAUGAGGCAGGGCUCCUCAGCCACUGCAACUUCCCCGACUUCCCUUUCUUUACGUGUUACGGAUGUCCCGAGACCGAACCGACUGUAAACAAUCCAAACCCAGCGCAACAAGUACCUGAUGGUCAACAAGCGCGAUUCCGAUUGCCCACCAACUGCUCGACCGCGUUUUGGGAUCCGAUUGCAGGGAAAUGUCUCUGCUCUUCCUCUGACUGCCAAUUUACCGACAACUCGCGACCGGUUGGGCCAAACGGGGCAAACCUGACUGGCGGUGGAACCGGCGGCUCUACAGGUGCCAAUGCAUCGCCGACACCAUCCUUCGUUCCAUUUAAUGGACGAGGUUUCGCGCUGCCGAAUGGUGUAUGGGCUGCGACUGUGCUGGGUGUUGUCGGUGCUCUAGCUGGAUGGAGACGCGAUACGGAGGAGAAGUUUGGACCCGGGCACUUGACUUCGAGAAAUCUCCCGGUUUUCGUCGUCUUCAUCGAGGAAGCGGUCCAGUCAUCCGCUAGACCAGUUCUCCACGGCCAGAUGCAAACUUAUAAAGGCCUACUUCACGUCACUCAAUUGGAACCAUUACACGCUUGCUGCGUUUUGCUCACCAAACAGGACAUAACUGCACCCCUGGGGCUUCAUUCAACAAGUUAG